AUGACUCCCUCGGCCACCGUCUACGUCAUCUCUGGCGCUACGCGCGGCAUCGGCUUCGCCCUCACUUCCCUCCUCGCCCAGCGCGACAACGUCCUCAUCUUUGCCGGCGCCCGCGACCCGGCAAAAGCGCUUCCGCUUCAGGAGCUCGCCAAGAAGACGGGCAAGGUUAUCCCCGUCAAGCUUGAGUCGGCGAAUGAGGAGGAUGCUGCCGCCCUCGCCAAACUCGUCAAGGAAAAGGCCGGCAAGGUCGACUUCCUCCUCGCAAAUGCUGGCGUCUGCGAACUCAACAAGCCGGUCCUCAGUACGCCAUCCGCCACUUUCGUCGACCACUUCACGGUGAACACCCUCGGUCCCCUCACCCUCUUCCAGCAAUUCUACUCUCUUCUCACUGAGUCGUCGAGCCCUCGCUUCUUCGUCACGAGUUCCGCUGGCGGUUCGACUACCUACGUUUCGAUGGCGCCCGACAUGGAUCUCGCUCCGUACGGCAUCUCCAAGGCUGCCGUAAACCACCUCGUCGCCCACAUUGCGCGCAAGUUCGGCGCCAAGGAUGGCCUGGUCGCUGCUGUCGUCCAUCCUGGUCUCGUCGCAACGGACAUGACCAGGCCGUUCCUCGAGGCAGCUGGUCUCCCCGCUGACGGUGGGCCCGGCUUCGAGCACAUCUCGCCGGAUGAGAGUGCUGCCGCGCUCGUCAAGAUCUUCGACGAGGCCAAGCGCGAGACGCACGGCGGCAAAUUCCUCUCGUACGACGGAACAGAGAUCCCCUGGUAA